AUGGAUCGAGAACAACCUGUAACCAAACCGAAAGCUGCUGGGGUGAAGGCCAGUUUCAGUACGGCGACAGUGAUGAACGUGUCAGAUCGAGAGGCACUUCUUCGAACUCACGCUUUGUGUCGAAACUGCUUCAGAACGGGCCAUCAGGCGAAGGAUUGUCAGUCAAGGUUCUCAUGUCGCAAAUGCAAGGGACGACACCAUACCCUGGUGUGUUUUAAGUCGGGGAAGGAUGGCGUGACGAGCACAACUAACAGUGGUAAAACAAACCUAGCAUCCAACAGUAUGAUUUCCGGCACCGUACAGCAAUAUUCCUCACAAGUCCUGUUAGCUACAGCAGUCGUGCUGUUGGAAGAUGACGAUGGCAACCAAUAUCCAGCUCGAGCGUUACUCGAUUCCGGGUCAGAGAGCAAUUUUCUCUCCGUAAGAUUAAGUCAAUUCCUGAAGGUUAAUCGAGAUAAGGUGGACAUCUCAGUAUUAGGAAUCGGACAAACAUCAACCAGGGUAAAUCAACGCAUUUAUGCUACCGUCAAGUCGAGAGUUUCGAAUUUUUCCCGUGUGUUGAACUUCCUCGUACUGCCUCGAGUGACAGUCAACUUACCCACGGCCAAUGUGAAUACAAUUGGGUUUAAGAUACCAGAAGGAGUAGAGUUGGCCGAUCCUUCCUUCUGUAUAUCUAAGAGCGUGGAUGUCGUUUUAGGGAUCGAAUCCUUCUUUGACUACUUCGAGACAGGUCGUAGAAUCAGCUUAGGAGAGAAUUUGCCAUCGCUGAAUGAGUCGGUCUUUGGAUGGAUUGUCUGUGGUGGACUGUCCGUAGUUAAUCAUCCCUUACGCAUAAAUUGCAAUAUGUGUACGGCUGAAAAAUUGGAGGAGCUUGUGGCCCGAUUUUGGUUCUGUGAGGAGGUUGGGACAAGCAAAGGGUUUUCACCGGAGGAGACAUGGUGCGAGUUGUUUUAUGCAGAUACGGUACGGCGAGAGACAGAUGGGCGGUUUACUGUUUCGCUACCGAGAAAUGGAGACGUUUUGGCGCAGUUAGGCGAGUCGAGGGACAUCGCUUUGCGACGGCUUCAUGGGACCGAACGACGGUUAGCCAGGGAUGACGGAUUACGGGAACAGUAUAUUGCGUUUAUGUCGGAGUAUCAUCAGCUUGGACACAUGCGGAAGGUAGUUGGUGAGGAAAUUAAUCUAUGUCAGCGUUGUUACCUGCCACAUCACCCAGUCAUCAAGGAGGCAAGCACAACGACUAAGGUUAGGGUGGUGUUCGAUGCCUCCUGCAAAACGAAAUCCGGAAAAUCAUUAAAUGAUUGCCUCUUGGUGGGCCCAAUAACACAGGAUGACUUGAGGUCAAUUAUCUUACGUUGUCGAAUCAAGCAAAUCAUGCUGGUUGCGGACGUGGAAAAGAUGUUCCGCCAAAUCAAUGUACACCAAGAAGAUCGGUCACUACAAUGCAUCCUUUGGCGCGAAUCACCGUCCGAAGAGGUAUCAGUCUACGAACUAAUCACGGUGACGUAUGGAACCAAAUCAGCUCCGUUUCUUGUCACGAGAACGCUGAAACAGCUAGCAAUCGAGGAGGAACAACGAUUUCCCAUCGCAGCAAGAGCCGCUAUCGAGGACACGUAUAUGGAUGACGUGUUAACAGGUACUGAUGACGUUGAAGAAGCGUUGCGACUGAGAUUCGAACUGGAAAAGAUGGUGGAAAGUGGAGGUUUUCGAUUGAGAAAGUGGGCGUCAAAUCACCCAGCUGUUCUAAGAGAUGUUCCUGAGAGUUACUUGGCAAUUCCCGACUCAACGGGCAUAGUUUUGGACGCUUAUCCUUCUGUGACAUUGACAUAUUAG